AAUACAGUUGUGAAUAUGGCUCGCUCAAGUUUUAUGCUCUCUGUGGCGUUGGUGGGGUCCUAAGUUGUGGCCUGACGCACACUGCUGUUGUACCUCUGGAUUUAGUGAAAUGUCGUAUGCAGGUUGACCCACAAAAGUACAAGAGCAUCUUCAAUGGAUUUUCAGUGACAGUCAAAGAAGAUGGCGUUCGUGGCUUGGCUAAGGGAUGGGCUCCAACCUUUAUUGGAUAUUCCAUGCAGGGGCUUUGUAAAUUUGGUUUCUAUGAAGUUUUCAAAAUCCUAUAUGGCAACAUGCUGGGAGAGGAAAAUGCGUAUUUGUGGCGUACUUCGCUAUAUUUAGCUGCAUCUGCCAGUGCGGAGUUUUUUGCUGACAUUGCUCUGGCUCCAAUGGAAGCUGCUAAAGUUCGUAUUCAGACGCAGCCUGGAUAUGCUAACACUCUGCGUCAGGCUGUACCUAAAAUGUUUGGAGAAGAAGGCAUCUGGGCUUUCUAUAAAGGUGUUGCUCCACUAUGGAUGAGACAGAUUCCAUACACCAUGAUGAAAUUUGCCUGCUUUGAGCGUACUGUUGAAGCUCUCUACAAAUACGUCGUUCCUAAGCCACGAAGUGAAUGUACAAAAGCAGAACAGCUGGUAGUCACAUUUAUUGCAGGCUAUAUUGCUGGUGUGUUCUGUGCAAUUGUUUCUCAUCCUGCUGACUCGGUGGUGUCUGUGUUGAACAAAGAAAAGGGCAGUUCUGCUUCACAGGUUCUUGUAAGACUUGGAUUCAGAGGCGUAUGGAAAGGUCUGUUUGCUCGUAUCAUUAUGAUUGGUACCCUGACUGCACUACAGUGGUUCAUCUACGAUUCUGUGAAGGUCUAUUUCAGACUUCCUCGUCCACCUCCACCUGAAAUGCCAGAAUCUCUGAAGAAGAAGCUUGGUCUAACUGAAUAGACAGCUCAUGGACUGACUGUGCUGGCUGUCCCAGUGAUGAGUUUCACGAAACUUUUAUAUAUUUGACUAUGUAGAAAACAAACUCUAUAUGAUGUUAUUGGCUGUGCCCUCAUCCCACAUGAGGGUUUAAAUUCUACCAGUCAUUGCCUGAAAUAAAUGAGAAACAGAGUGCU